AUGUAUCCAGAAGCAUCCAACAAUGCUCCAACUUUUGAUGCUGCACCUCCUCCACCACCUUCACUUGCAUCCAUCACUCCUCAUCAACACCCAUCAUCACAACAACAACAACAACUUCCAUCUCCAACUUCAUCCAUCAUUCUUGGUGCUGGCGGCAACAAUAGCAGCAGCAACAGUAGCAGCAGCACAAGUCCUUGGUCUUCUUCUACAAACAUGGCAGUGUCUUGUGGUAGCAAUAACAACAAAGGCCAUACCACUUUGAUGGGUGGUGAUGACACCACGCUUCAACAACAACAUGCUUCUACUGGGAAAAUCAAGAACGCUGUUGGUAAUAGUAGAUCAUCCUCGUGUCGAUUUGCUUUGAGACAUAACCGGUUGACAACGACCACCUGGGAAGAAGAAAAGACUGCAUGCUAUAUGGUGGAUGCCAAGGGCAUAUGCGUCACACGCCGUGCAGAUAACAACAUGGUCAACGGAACUAAGCUUUUGAAUGUGGUGGGCAUUUCGCGUGGUAAACGAGAUGGCAUCCUGAAAAACGCCAAAGGUCGUAUUGUCGUAAAAGUUGGGCCCAUGUCCCUGAAGGGUGUAUGGAUCCCACUUGCACAUGCAGAACAACUGGCUGCCAAAUUCCGCAUCGAACAAGCCUUGUAUCCUUUACUUGAACAAGAUCCAUCGCGUUUUCUCGGUACUACAGUUGGUGCUUCUCGUCAACACCGUGAGGAUAUGAUGGCAUCACCUCCAAUGAAUGAAAAGACUCGAGGGCAUUCAUCAUCAUCGAUGCAUCAUGCAGAGUAUCAAAUGAAGCCGACAUUCUCGCGUAUCAACAACUCAACGACGACGACGACAAGUAUGAAGGCUGCAGCAGCCUUUGUCAUGCCACCUCCUCCUUUGAAGCUCACUCAUGGUACGCUCACUCACAAUGACACACAACGUCAACAACAACAAUCAGCCCCAACAACAACAACAACAUCAGCAGCUUCUUUGUUGCUUCCUCCUCCCGCAACCAUGUCGUAUUACCAUCAUUGUUCAUCGCGUGAUGAAUUCCCUUCUGCCCAACUUUCCAAGUGA